CCUUCCCCUUCACGUCCCUUUUUUCCUCCCCUCCUCUUAUUCCACCGGAGCAUCUCUCUCCUUCUGCUCUCCUUUCCUUCUCCACCGCCCACUUCUUCCCAGCCAUUGAUCCCGACCACUCACCGCACCGCCGUCUCAUCAUCGCAUUGCCCCGCUGCGCUUUUCCGCAUUUUUCUUUUUUUUUUUUUAACUAUUUUUUUUUUUAUUCAUUUUUUUUUUUUCAAGGGGACGAAAACCGGAACAUUUUUAUUUUAUUUUAUCUUUCCUGGACUACACAAACUUUCCCCCCACCCCAGGCCUCCCUCCUCAUCACCAUGGCGAGCACCGAGGAUAAAGCGGCCAGCAAGGAGAGCCCGUCCAGCUGGAAGGACUCCAUCUACAACCCGAGGACCGGGGAGCUGCUGGGUCGCACAGCCGGCAGCUGGGCCCUCAUCCUGCUCUUCUACCUGGUCUUCUACUGCUUCCUGGCCGGCAUGUUCGCCCUCACCAUGUGGGUGAUGCUGCUCACGCUGGACGACUACGUGCCGAAGUACAGGGACCGCAUCCCCAGUCCAGGUCUGGCGAUCCGGCCAAACUCUUUGGACAUCUCCUUCAACAGAUCUGAUCCGCAGAAGUAUUCGCAGUAUGUCCGAAACCUGGAGUCUUUCCUUCAGAGAUAUAAUGACACGGAGCAGGAGGGGAACACGGACUGUUCUCCAGGAGAGUACACCCUGCGGGAGGAAGGGGAAGGAUUGUCGCAGAAAGCGUGCCGCUUCAGGAGGGCGCUCCUGAGUUUCUGCUCCGGCCUGUCUGACACUAACUUCGGAUACCAUGAAGGAAAACCCUGUGUGCUGCUCAAAAUGAACAGGAUCAUUGGCCUGAAGCCCAGCGGGGAUCCCUACAUCAACUGCACUGUCAAAAAAGAGAACCCGAUCCAAAUGCACUAUUUCCCCAAAGAGGGACGCUUUGACAAGAUGUAUUUCCCCUACUAUGGCAAGAAAGCCCAUGAGAACUACGUGGAGCCGCUGGUGGCUGUGAAGCUGCUGUUCACCAAGGAGGACUAUAACAAGGAGCUGGCCGUGGAGUGCAAGGUGAACGGCUCCAACCUUCUAAACAACGACGACAGGGACAAGUUCCUGGGCCGCAUCACCUUCCGGAUCAAGGUGGUGGAGUAAAAAACAAAAAGGAAUGGCGGAAGCGGAUCGGGGGAGCGCACCUUGCCGGCCCCUGAAUUUACAAAAAGGAUUUGGGAUUAUGAAAAAAAAAAAAAAGGAAUGAAGUGUCAAGUAUGUCACAAAGAUUAUUAUUUUUUCCUUUCUUUCUUUUCUGGAUAUGGUAUCGAUGUUUGACGCAGGUAAACGUUUGGGCCUCCAACAGAGGAAGCCGGUUGGUGUCAGAUGUUGCUGUGAUGACCUUCCUGACCCUUCUUUCCAUCUGAUUUCUUGCUGAUCUCCUCAGAACAAGUUUCUGAACCAGAUCCUUUUCCAUUUCCUGUUGCACCGUUCAUCCUUUUCUUAGCUCGGAUCCCAUUUUUUCUUUUUUUUUAGUGCUGAUGUGAUUUAAUAACCUAUAGCCAUUGGAGCCCAGCUAUUUGGAGCUGUUGUGUGUAAUUGCUGAUACUUCUUUCUUUUCAUUUGUGACCUUGCUCCUGUCAGGAUGAGUGUGUUUCCACCUCUGAAUCUGUGUGAAGGACCUCGUCACUUGCUGGUGUUGCGAGGACUUGGGAUCUUGCUGUAUGUAGAGCUGAAAAAGUAGAACCUGUCCAACGUAUCUUUCAUCUCAAAAGACUUCAUCAAGACAUACCUUGAUACUCGAGUAUAGCCAAUGUAUCCCUGUAUAUGAAAUGCCAAUUCCAAACGCCCUUUUAACAGUAAAUACAUAGUGAACUUAAGCAUAUUUAGGGAACUAUAGGUAGAAAUUUGUCUUGCGGUGCACCAACCCGCAGACCAGUCUUGUGCCGUCCGUCUGUCUGUUUGUGUGUCUGCAUGUGUGUUUGUCCGUUUGUCCGUCCAUCUGUCUGCCUGUCUUCCUGUUUGUUCACCUCUUGCAGCCGAUUGGGUGAGUCCCUCCAGGACUGGGUGAGCUGCGUUGCCCGGGGCGGCGGUGUGUGUGUGUGUGUGUGUGGACAGUGAGGGUUUGCUGUUUUGAGGCGGAGAGGAGCUGGAAGAGCAUAGCGAGAAAUAACUUCACUGCAAUAUGUACUGUAUAUCUCUACGUGAUCUGUAUAUCUAUCUGGGUCUCAAAGAUUGUUUGUUAGCUUACUCUCUUCUUCAGCCUGUUUAUCUGAUUGUCUGCUGAUCUAUUACUCUUUAAUGUACAUAUAUAUAAAUAUAUACACACACACACACAUGCACAAACACACACAAUAUCUACCAUAUUUACCUAAGUCACACUGUAUAUUUGGCCACCAAACAUAAUGUCUGUGCACUGUAAAGAAAUAUAAUUUAAGCAAAGAUUUACAGAAGAUUAUCUUAUUCAAAGCUAUGUUUACACAGUCUUAAAAGGAACCCGUAUUUAAAGGAACAACCUGUAACAUCUCUUCAGGGUGCCUUAAGACCUGAUGAAAUAAAUUGUGAUUUUGAAGAAAAAAAGC